AUUAAAAUAAAAUCAACCAAAAUUUUAAGUAAAAGCAAAAUAAAAUUUUUAAUAUAUUAAUUAUCUUCAUCCAAUUACAUUCUUUAAUUGGUAGGUUUAGGUCUAACAAUUUAACUCGAAUUCAAAUUAAAUUUCAUAUGGAUCUGAUUAAGUAGAGAGGAAUGAAGAAUCUACAACUACAGGAAGUAGAAUAAAGAUUUUUUUUUCCCAAAAGCAUAGCAAUGUCUAAGAGAAAGGGGAUUAUUAUCAUGAUCAUCAUCUCAAUGAAUCCUAUUUGAGAUAGGAUAGGGAGAGGAUGUGAAAAAAGAUAGACUAAUGUCCUCAUCACGAACAGGUCGCAAUCAAAGAAAGGCAUUGCCCCUCAAAUCAACUUGAGUAUCGUCUAACAUAAAAAUGUCCUUACAAAGGAAAAACUUGCAAAAGAAAAUAGAAAAUAGGAAAUAUAAAGUGGAUCAAGUUCACUCAAAACGUUCUCAACACACAUAGCAACAUUUUCAAUCAAUAUACAAACCAACUAAAAAGUAAAUAACCAACAACCAACAAUCAAAAAUUAAUAAUCAUUUACGAACAAUUAUAUAAUUUAAUACAAUUCAACUCAAUCAUUUGCCAAACACUAGUAUAAUACAAUUCAACUCGAUCAUUUUUUUAACCAAUAAAUAAAAUAAAGACAUAAUGUUAUCGCAUCCGUUCUCCAACGAACCAGCGGAGCACACACUGCUCACACUUCACAGGGGGGGCAGGCAGAGAAGACACUGAAGGCUUAGCGAGCUUCCAAUUCCAAUCAUGGCGUCCUUAUCAUCUUCGUACAGCGUCUUUACUUCUCCUUCUCCAGAUUUCAUUCCUCUAUCUUCUCAUAGCUUCCGCCCAUUCCGUCCAUGGCGUCUCCAACACUCAGCUAUUCCCAAACUUCCCGCCAUUUUCACGCCGAAAAGCAGGAAUACAAGAUUUAGGGUAAACGCUGGUUACAGGAAGAUACCGAUGGAAACUCCAGGAGCAUACGAACUGAUUGAUGAGGAAAGUGGAGAGAAAGUGAUUGUUUGGGGUGGAACGGAUGAUGAUGAUGAUGGACCUUCAAUUCCUUCGAGGAAGGUACUUUCCUGGAAUCCAAAUAUGGAUCAGAAUGAUUCGUCCAGUGUCAAGAAAAAUCUAAGAGGUAAUGCAUCACCUUCCAUUGAUCAUGAUGAUGUUGUUUUGCCUCCGAGCACUCUGAGAUUGUCUAAGAGCUUUGGGAGAUUGAAAGCUGUCAAGAUCAGAAGCGUUGUAAGAAAGGCUUCAAAGGAAAAGAAGAAAGCCAAUGAAGACAUGUAUGAGGAACCAGAUAUAGAUGACCUAGAUGAUGAUGAUGAUGAUGAUGAUGGUGAGGUUGCUUCUUUGGAUCCCAGGGAUGUUUUUAUCAAGAAAAGAAAUAAUACUUCUGUCAAAAGUGGCAUUGAGCAGCUCAUGGACAGUCAAUUGUCAACGAAACCUUUUGAGUCUGAUGGAAACUUGACUCGUGUUAGCUCUAAAGUGUCUUCUACUCGUUCUGAAGGAUGGAACAAUAGAGAAAUGGGACGUAGUUCUAGGGUUGAAUCAAGAGAUUUAAAACCUACUCGGAAAUAUAAUGCUGGGAGUGAAUUUUUCAGUCGAAAAUCUUUUAGGGAAUUGGGCUGUUCUGAUGACAUGGUUGUGACUUUGAGAGCUCUCAAUUUUGUCAGCCCUUCUCACAUUCAGGCAAUGGCGUAUAGACCUGUUAUUGAAGGGAAAAGCUGCAUUAUAGCUGAUCAAAGUGGAUCAGGGAAAACAUUGGCAUACUUGGCUCCAGUUAUUCAACGUAUUAGGCAAGAAGAGACUGAAGGACUAAGUAAGUCGGAAUCACAAAGUCCCCGAGUUGUAAUAUUAGUCCCAACUGCAGAGUUGGCUUCCCAGGUUUUGCGAAAUUGCCGAUCCAUCUCAAAGCAAGGUUUUCCCUUUCGUUCUAUGGUUGCCACAGGAGGUUUUCGGCAGAAAACUCAAUUGGAGAGUCUCAAACAGGAUUUAGAUGUGCUGAUUGCCACACCUGGUCGUUUCAUGUACCUUAUCAAAGAAGGAUUCUUGCAGUUAACAAAUCUUAGAUGUGCUGUGUUGGAUGAAGUUGAUAUACUCUUUAAUGAUGAGGAAUUCGAACAAGCUUUACAGAGUUUUAUUAACUCAUCACCAGUUACUACGCAGUACCUCUUUGUGACUGCCACAUUACCUGUGGAUAUAUACAACAAACUCGUUGAGGUCUUCCCGGAUAGUGAAGUAAUCAUGGGACCUGGAAUGCACCGGACAAGUACUGGCCUUGAAGAGAUUCUUGUAGAUUGUAGUGGGGAUGAUGGGUCAGAAAAAUCCCCUGAAACUGCAUUUUCCAAUAAGAAAUCUGCUCUUUUGAGGCUUGCAGAAGAGAGUCGUGUUUCUAGAACUAUUGUGUUCUGCAACAAGAUCGAGACAUGUCGAAAAGUUGAGAAUGCCUUGAGGCGUCUAGAUAGAAAAGAAAAUCAAAUACGUGUUCUACCUUUUCACGCGGCAUUGGAACAACAGACGAGGCUCACAAAUAUGAAGGAGUUCCUUGAAUCAAAUACAAAAUCCCAUUCUCUGUUUCUAAUCUGCACCGACAGAGCAUCUCGAGGAAUUGAUUUUCCCAGUGUGGAACAUGUUGUGCUUUUCGACUUCCCUCGUGAUCCAAGUGAAUAUGUACGCCGUGUUGGUAGAACAGCGAGAGGUGCUGGAGGUAUAGGCAAGGCUUUCGUGUUUGUCGUCGGUAAGCAAGUUUCUUUGGCAAGGAGAAUCAUUGAUAGAAACCAGAAGGGACAUCCUUUACAUGAAGUGCCUUCUGCUUAUGAAUUGGUACAGUAAUUAUUGUAGGCUGAGAAAGAUCUGUUGCUAUGUUUAUAGAUGUAGAUGGUGUUAGUUAGGAAACUUUUGUACCUUUAUCUAACUCAAAUUUUGUGCUGUAAAUUAGUUUUUAGUUGUUUAUAGGAAACUUUUGUGUUGUGAAAUGGUUCUGAGAGCUCGGUUUUGCGCUUUGAAUCACUUGGUUGUAUGAGAUGCGAGUUUCAUCCAUAA